AUGGCAGCCGCGGAGCCUCCGUCCCAUAUCAAGACCUUCUACGAACAGAUCCAGUCGAAGAGCAGAGACGUACUGGUCCAGCAGCCGUACUACAUUGAUCCCCGAGCCUCACCUAUUCAGUCACCGCUAUGCAUCGAUCUAAGGAAAGCAAGCGCAUUUCAAGACCGGUGGUACGACAUUCAAGGGGUUUUUUUUGACUUUGCUGGACGAUGCGUGUACUGUGCCGGCAGCGGUAAACACCCACAUUCGGUUCAGGCGGAUGGGAUCCGAGCGGUAGAAGGGUUCCCAGGACUACACAUUUACCCUAGGCUCUUUUGCGGCACGCGGAUUCACUCAGAACUUAUCGAUGAGUUACUUCACAAUCAGCUAGCCAACCCAGCCAAUCGAACGAACCUGCAUGCAGACUACAGCGUCGUCUACCCUAUGUCGUCCACCAACGCCGAGGAGGAGCAAGCAGCGACGGCGGCGAGCUUUUUCAGUCCAGCAGCUUCCCGAUUGCAGAUGCUGUCCCACUCGCACGAGAUAGGGGCAACUCCGCCUAUCGGCAUACGGCAAUUUGUGCAGAAGCUGAGGUGGUUUACGGUAGGCAAAGACUCGGAGCAAGUCUCACAAGCUGAAGCAGGUGACAUGCCGGCGAGGAUCAGAGAUCUACUCGAGUAUACUCUACAGUUCAGACCUGAAGCCGGGACGGUGCACGUAUCCUCUGCCGAUGGUCCGUUUGACGGGCUCGGACAAGGCAAGAAAGACGGGAAUCAAGUCGUUAACGUCUCCCUGGGAUGUGAUGGAAUCUUUGUUGUAGCUUACGAAUCUGGAGAACUGCCACCGCCGCCACUACCGACGUACGACGAUGAGAGUUGGCAGCGCGACUUUAUCACUGGACUCAGUUCAUCGGAAGAAGAAGACGAGGGAAGUAGCAAGCCGAAAGCGAAAUCGCAAAGUUCGCGACCUCCGACUUCCCCUCCCGUUGAGACCAAAAGCAACGAGGUAGAGGUAUCACCAAACACCAAUGGCACCCGGUAUGCGGCUAUCCACGUCCGCUCCGGCGAUGUUCUCGUUCUGAGCGGGUCUUGCUGCCGCGAAGCUUGCUGGUACGGCGUAGCCAAAGUCUUUCCGGGGACAUUCGAGGCGUGGCAGGAUUGGCCGCGUUGGCCAUGGGGCACGAAUGCCGAUCGGCAAAAUCAGGAUUUGCAAGGUUGCAUGAAGGGAAUGAAGCUUGACCUGUUUGUUCGAUGA